AAAAAACCGUUUCCCUUUCCAACGCCAUAAAACACCUUCAUAAUGUCUCUCAAGAACGACAAGUUCCCCUCCUCGGCGGCUUUCGACGAGAUCAACAACGCCCUGAACGCCAGCGAAGCCGAUCGCAAGGACGCCAUCAAGCAGGGCAACGCUGUCUUCGCCUUUGUGCUCAAAAACGCCGCCGGCGAGACAGACAACUGGCACAUUGAUCUCAAGAACAAGGGCGCUGUUGGCAAGGGCCUCGGGGACAAGCCUAAUGUUACGCUCACGCUCUCCGACUCCGAUUUUGGCGCCCUCGUUGCCGGCAAGGCCAACGCCCAGCGGUUAUUCAUGUCCGGGAAGCUCAAGAUCAAGGGCGAUGUCAUGAAGGCAACGAAGCUCGAUCCCAUUCUCAAGAAGGCUCAGACCAAGGCCAAGCUCUGAUGAAUUGGAGAUGUGUGGAUCGUGGAAACUUUGAUGACACUGGAUAAUGAUGCGCUGUACAAUAUAUUUCCUUCGUCUUGGGUUGAACCUGGCCAUUUUAUGAGCAUGCGGUAUCACUUGGCUCAUAGGAGGCUGUUUGUGCAUGUUCGGGAUACCGGUGCGGUCAGGUUGGGGACUUUGCAUGGGGUCAGUGUGUGAGGUCUUGCUGCUCUUUGGCUAGACGUCGACUAAGUCGAGUGAGGAUGAGGACACUUUUCUCAUUGUCCCGCGGUACUGUACUGUACAUGGUAACUGUUAGUGAAGGCAAGAUUUUGCACCUAAAAAUCGGCCUCUUGACUAUCCUUCUUAACGAUUUGACGGAGUGUACUGUACAGGUAGCUUGAUGCCAUUGAGUGAUCCUAGACCCGGCGUUUCCCCCGCGUGGUCAAGCAAGGAACUACCGGUACUUCGUACAGCUUCCGAGUUGUUAUGUCAAAUGGAUGCUCUAUCUCUAUCACGUU